CUCUCUCCUGCCUUCCCUUCCCUCCUUCCUGCUCCACACAACGGGGACCCUCCGUUGUAACUGUUUUCCCACAUUAAAAUUAACCACAAUUACGUCGCCACCAUAAACCGAUUUUGGAAUCAGGAGGAGGCGAGCCGGCGCCUGGGUAGAUGUGAGCCCAAGGUAAUGGCCAGGCUGGUGGACAUAGGCACACAGACAGAUCCAGUAGUUGUGCUGUCCUUGGCCCAGGCCGCCGUGCUAGGUCUCAUCUCCCAGAAUGAAGUGUUUGGAGCUACUAUUGCACCCAACGGCUUCUACACCGGUGAACCCAAAGAGUCCCCUGCACCACCAGUAGACGCAGUCGACUACGAGUACGCAGAUCAACUUAUUGGAGCCAACGGAGAUUACCUCGGUGACAACUUGGGAGAAGACGGACAAAUGCAACCCAGCUGCAGCCAGAGGCGGUGGCAGCAGGGGCCACCACAACACCCCGAUGGGAAAAUGGUCGUCCCCGAUCGUCACAGCCUUCAAGGCGGUGAUGUGUCAUCGUCCCACGUUAAAGGGGAAGUAGUGAACUCUGGAAUGUCCUCCUGCGUCCACAUGCUGAACAGUAUGGCUCCCAGAGGUGGAUUAGUACAGGUAGAUCCUGCCACUCUCAGAGGAACCAAUAAGAACUGUGCAGAAUGUGAGCGGGAAGCCUCCAACCAGCAGCAAGCCAACGCACAUGUUCACCCUCCUCCCCCACAGGUGGGACACAGAGGAGGGGAGCAGGGUCACAGAGGACUGCAGGGCCAGCGCCCAAUGGGGGCCCACAGUCGAGGCAGAGACGAUGAAGAAGAUGUAGAACACCAGGGGAACAACAUGAUGAAGCCAUCGCAGCAGGAGGAAGCCAUCAGCAGCUACUUCCAGACCAGCGAGGUUGGCAGCUAUGACUCCGGAGAGAUGGGCAUGGGGGGCGAGUACGAAGAUGGCAGCCAGAGUAUGAUGUGGAACGAUGGGAGUGGAGGAGGGCAGCACCAGCAGCCUCCGCACCCACAGCCACCUCGUCGGCACGGUGGUCGCAGAGUCGACCGACUAGACAUCAAUAUUCAGAUCGAUGAAUCAUACUGCGUCGAUGUGGGAGACGGACUGAAGCGCUGGAAGUGCCGCAUGUGUGAUAAGUCAUACACCUCCAAGUACAACCUCGUCACGCACAUCCUAGGCCACAACGGCAUUAAACCACACGCUUGUCCUCACUGCGGAAAGCUCUUCAAGCAACCGAGCCACCUACAAACUCACCUGUUGACCCACCAAGGUACUCGCCCUCACAAGUGCACCGUCUGCAAGAAAGGCUUCACCCAGACCAGCCACUUGAAGCGACACAUGCUCCAACACACCGACGUCAAGCCCUACAGCUGCCGCUUCUGCCGACGGGGCUUUGCCUACCCAAGCGAGCUUCGAGCGCAUGAGGUGAAGCACGAGCGAGGGCGAUGUCAUGUCUGCUCGCAGUGCGGCAUGGAGUUCCCCACCUACGCCCACCUCAAGCGCCACCAGACCAGCCACCAGGGCCCCCACACCUUUCAGUGCACCGAGUGCAACAAGUCAUUCGCCUACCGCAGCCAGCUCCAGAACCACCUGCUUAAGCACCAGAGCCCGAGGCCUUACACCUGCUCCCAGUGCGGCCUGGAGUUCGUGCAGCUCCACCAUCUACGGCAGCACUCGCUCACUCAUAAGGGAAUGAAAGGCCACAAGUGUGAUGUGUGUUCCCGGGAGUUCACCCUAUCUGCCAACCUGAAGAGACACAUGCUGAUCCACAACAGCGUCAGGCCUUUCCAGUGUCAUGUCUGCUUCAAGAGUUUUAUCCAGAAGCAGACGCUCAAGACCCACAUGAUCGUCCACCUGCCUGUAAAGCCCUUCAAAUGCAAGGUCUGUGGUAAGUCUUUCAACAGAAUGUACAACCUGCUGGGCCACAUGCAUCUCCAUGCAGGCAGUAAGCCCUUUAAAUGUCCUUACUGCACCAGUAAGUUCAACCUUAAGGGAAACCUGAGCAGACACAUGAAGGUCAAACACGGGAUGGAUGUCUCACCAGAAGGACAAGAAGUUCUUCCAGAGAUGGAGAGCCAGGGGGAGUAUGAAGGACAGAACUUCAGCUUUACUUCACCAGAUAAUAUGGACAAUGGUGGCUCCCAAAACCUCACCAAACUUACAACAGCAAACAUGGAGGACAUGGAGGAGUAUUACAAUUUUGGGAAGGAUACAAGCAGCUACACUACACCCUGAGUGGUGAUGGACCACAGUUUUGUUUUAUUAAUAAUAUUAUUUUGAAGGCAGAAGGAAACGAAAGAGUUGUUGUGGAAGCCCUGAGAGACACCAGGGGGAAAGAGAUUUUCUUUUAGAUUUUGGCCUCCUUCCAGAAGAGCCAGAACUGCUGGACUCUGAUGGGAAGCCAGGAUGAGACGCACUUCUAAGGAAACGUUUCAGCUCUGUUGCUGAUAGCAGGGACACUGAAAGUGUUGACGUGGUCUGGAGCUCCUUUUUUGGGAUUAGAGCGCUUGCCGACUCAAAGACUCUCACUGGCGGACAGUCAAAUCUGUAUGUCGCGUGUAUGUGUCAUUAUUUUUGAAGAAAAAAACACUUUCAGCUGCAGAGCCAUCAGUUACAUUUAUUAUGAAAAAAAUUUGUUUACCAUUUUGCCAUUUUUAUCAUUCAAGACUAAUGUAUGCCCUUAUUAUUUGACUGAAAGUGCCAGUUAGGAACAUUUGCAGCUAAGCCUCCUCCAUGUCAGCUAUUUACCCACUGUAUAUUGAACUUUUGAUACAUAGUCCCAACAUACUCAUAGGUUUGAAUGCUCUUACUUAACAGUUUCUAAUGGUAGUAACCUCUUCUGCCCAGCCCCUCAGUUUAAACAGACUGCUUCUUUAACACAUGUGGGCUUUUUGCACACAGGACAUUGUAGCCUUAUUGUUGACGGGGCACUUAAAAACUUGUUAAAUGUCAGCGGAUAUCUGAAGACAAUGUUGAUGACAUGUAAAACCCUUUCACUGUACAAAGGAUUCUUCAACAUGCAGUGUGUUUACCUACAGUUUCUGUCCCACAUGGUUUAGCUUUACAUCAAUGAUCUAUCCCGUGUAGUGAGUAUACUGCUCUUGUUUUUGAAUCACUGAGUGAACAAUACAAAGCACUUUUUUAUCGAGACCUGACUGUUUUUUUCUGUGAACUCAUUUAACAGAGAUGGUAAAAUCAUUACACAAACAGAAAUGCUUUCUCACCAGGUUUAAUUGUAAUCAGAAGUUUCCUUCAUACAGAUAAUAGCAGUUGUCUGUUCAAAGCAAUUCCAGUUCGUACGUUAUAUCAUCAGUUUGGGUUUUUUGUCAUUUGAAGUUUCAGCACUCUUAAAUCCAGGGCUGUCUUCACUUCACUUUCAAGUCAGUUAUUUCAGUAAAAGAACAAAAAUAAAGAAAUGGAGAUCCAUUCAAUCUUUAAUUUAAAAAGGAGAAAAGAACUAAUGUGGAGGUCCUGGUUACAGUUUGAAUAACUGAAUUGAAAGUGGACUGAGACGUGUCCUGUUUUUCAUUAUUCUGUUUUGGGGAAGACUGUCAACUCCCCCUGUCCUGCCAUGCAGGUCAGCUUUGUUAUGCACACUAAACCUGAGGAAUGGUCUUCUUGGAGGAAAAUCAAACUGAGACCUCAUGGAGAUUAACCAUGAUUUAUUUAAUAAAGGUUCUCUAGUUUAAAAGA